GCGCUGAGAGUUUGUGCAGCUGGCCCUGGCCGCCACUGCUGCCUUGUCCGGACUUGGCGAGGACUUGGGAGGGACAGCGGCGCUGGGAGGUGGCUUAGCAGAGACUUUCCAGCAACUGCUGCCCAGGACUCGUUUUUUUUUUUUUUCCUUUUUCCCAGGAGGCGGCGACGGCGGCGGGGGGAGAGGAAGAGAAGGAAGCGUCUGCAGCUUGAGUCAAUGCAGCCCUUCGGCUCUCCGGGAAGAGCGUUCCAACCCCGAUGAGUCCCCUCCGUGCGUCCCCAACUAUCCCCGGGAGGGAGUGGGGCACGGAGCCCAGCGCCGACGACCGCUGCUACUUUGCCUGUGGGAGUAGAAUGUGGUGAAAGGAUGGGGCUUCUCCCUCCUGAGGCUCACAAUGGCCAGAGAAGAUUCCGUGAAGUGCUUGCGCUGCUUGCUGUACGCCCUCAAUUUGCUCUUUUGGUUAAUGUCCAUCAGUGUGUUGGCAGUUUCUGCUUGGAUGAGGGACUACCUGAAUAAUGUUCUCACUUUAACUGCAGAAACAAGGGUGGAGGAGGCAGUCAUCUUGACUUACUUUCCUGUGGUUCAUCCGGUCAUGAUUGCUGUGUGCUGUUUCCUUAUCAUUGUGGGGAUGUUGGGAUAUUGUGGAACAGUGAAGAGAAAUCUGUUGCUUCUUGCAUGGUACUUUGGAAGUCUCCUUGUCAUUUUCUGCGUAGAACUGGCUUGUGGUGUUUGGACAUAUGAGCAGGAACUUGUGGUACCAGUACAGUGGUCAGAUAUGGUCACUUUGAAAGCCAGAAUGACAAACUACGGCUUACCUAGAUAUCGGUGGCUUACUCAUGCUUGGAAUUUUUUUCAGAGAGAGUUUAAGUGCUGUGGAGUGGUGUAUUUCACUGACUGGUUAGAAAUGACUGAGAUGGACUGGCCUCCAGAUUCCUGCUGUGUCAGGGAAUUCCCAGGAUGCUCCAAACAGGCCCACCAGGAAGAUCUCAGUGACCUUUAUCAAGAGGGUUGUGGGAAGAAAAUGUAUUCUUUUCUGAGAGGAACCAAACAACUGCAAGUACUAAGAUUUCUAGGGAUCUCUAUUGGAGUGACACAAAUCCUGGCUAUGAUUCUCACCAUUACUCUGCUCUGGGCUCUGUAUUAUGACAGAAGGGAGCCAGGGACAGACCAAAUGAUGUCCCUAAAGAAUGACAACUCUCAGCACCUGUCAUGUCACUCAGUAGAACUGUUGAAACCAAGUCUUUCAAGGAUUUUUGAACACACAUCCAUGGCAAACAGCUUUAAUACACACUUUGAGAUGGAAGAAUUAUAAAAAAUGUCAAAGAAGGAAUCAAGCUUGUUUUAUGGGACUUGUGAAUUUUUGAUUAUAGUUUUCUGUUUCAGAAAUUUGCAGAUGUAAAAAAUGUCUAAGUAUAUUAUUUUCUACUCUUUAAAACUGAGAGAAAAAGUUUCUUAUGUCACCACCUGGACAAUAACUGAUGCCCUUUAUGAUGCUAAGGACAGAUCUAGUAGCCACUUUAUAGCUCUUACAAGAUUUUUACUGAAUACAGUUAUGUUCUGAGGUAGUAUGGUUUGGUUGCCAUUUCUGCAUCCAUGUAAAUGAGACACAUAUAUUCAGAUUAGAGCUACAUAAAGGUUGAUUUUCUUUCACUGGCUAGUAUAUAAUGUAUCAAUUAACUGCUAACAUAGGAGGUUAAACAGUACUAAUGACUUGUAUUACUUGGUAAUGUAUUCUUUGGAGGGUGACUAGAUUAUACAUAUGAACAUUUCAAAUUGGUGUCAACCUAAUUGUGAUUUUUUUGCUGGUUAUUGAAAUGUUCUUAACAUCUAUAAGAGCAAACACAUUGUCUUUAACUGAUCAGGGAAAUAUGUGUAUAUAAGUCUGUUCUAAGUUUGUAUAAUUCAGUAGAUUUCAGUUCUUAUAAUGUUAAGAUUAACAAUUGUGAAAAGGAUAAAUUUGUCUUGUAUAGCACCAUUAUUUUUUAGUCUUUCCUGUUCAUAGAGCUUUUAAGUUCUGUCUUGAGUCUACAUUAUAACUGUUAAUUUAAGUACUUAACCACUAAUUUUGAAAAUUACCAGUGUGAUACAUAGGAAUCAUUUUAAUUCUGAAUGCAAUCUGGUCUCUAGGAAGUAUUAACAAGAAAAUUCACGCAUAAUUUAGUUGAUUUAGUAAAGACUUGGAUGCCAUUUUCUUUGAAGCAAAGAUUCUUUUUGACAAUGAACAUGCUUUAAAAGAGCUUAUAUUUGCCUGUUCCAAAAAGAAGUAACAGUCUUCAAGUCAAUAUAAUUUUACAGAAAGUAGUUUUCUUUGUCCCCAGAAAAAUGCCUGUAAGAAACAUUAAAAUAAGUGACAAUUUAACAAGAGAUUAUCUUUGCUUUAUUUCACUGAUUAAUAUACUGUGGUGAAUUACACAGAUUAUUAAUAUUUUACAAAGGUAAAAUAUAUUUAUUUGAAAUGGGAAAAGUGCAUUUUACUGUAUUUUGUGUAUUAUGUUAUGUUUAUUUCAGAUUAUGGAAAGAAAAUUAAAACAACCGUCAAUAAAUAUUUUCUAGAGAGUAA